AUAAAGAUAAUAAAAAAAAAACACGGAACUGGUGGGGUUUGAACCCAUGUUGAGCGAGUCCUGAAACCAGGCCAAUGCGUAAGUCACUGGCCUGGAGGGUAAACGCUGUUAGUAUAUAUUGAGUGUGCGCAAAGGCAGGACGUAGCAACCAUGAGCUCCAAAACUAAAUAUAGUUUCAACACUGAUACGAGCACCAACGAAGAGUACAAGAGGCACAGGUUUUUAUCCAAGAGGGAGCCAUACAGGCCCCCUACUGUCCCUUACAAUAGAAAACCGCCUCAAUCUAAGGGUUUUUGCAACGACAUGAAGAUCUUCAUUUGGAACCCCAACACUAAUGAAUUCAUGAGACGAACUUGGUUAUCUUGGGUCAAAAUCUUGGGAUUCUACCUGUUGUUCUACACCUUCCUGGCGGCCUUCUUCGCGAUCAAUAUGACUGUCUUCUACCAGACCCUUGACACUCACGGCCGUCCUAAAUACACUGCCCAGGACUCCCUCCUCACCAACCCUGGUUUGACAUUUCGACCAUCCGCCAACUUUUGGUCACUGUGGUACAACCCGUCUAGACCCGACUCGUCUCUCCAUUACGUCUCAUCCAUCAGAGAACUCCUACAACCAUAUAUGAACAGCACAGCAGCAAACAUGAACAGUAGAAUUGUGUACAAGAACUGUGCCGAAGAAUCACCUGCUAAAGAUGAAGUGUGCAGUUUCAACGUGGAGGAUCUGGGCAGCAGCUGUACUGAGAGUAAUAACUGGGGCUAUACAACUAAGUCACCCUGUUUCUUCCUCAAGAUCAACAAGAUAAUUGACUGGGUGCCCCAGGCGCCAAAGAAGUUGCAGGACCUGCCAAAUGGUCUCCAGAAAUAUAUAAAUAACACGGAUAACCCGGAGGAAACUCUCACAAAGCAUGUGUUUGUGUGGUGUGAGUCUGACAAGGGAGAACUGGAGCAGCCAGCACCAGGCAUACCAUUAUAUUACUAUCCUUUUAUCAACCAGGAAGGCUACCUCCGUCCUUUGGUUCCCAUCCGGCUCUUGGACUUAGAAAAUGACAAGGUGCUUGUAGUGUGCAGAAUCUGGGGUCACAACAUAGUUCACAUUAUCAACAAACGGGUAUUAGGUUUAGCCGCCUUCCAAGUACAAAUCAGCGGCAACUACUAGGCUUCUCCAUUUGUUGCUGGCUGAAUGAUGACUACCACAUGUUGAAUAAUGGCUACAUCACACUGAAUGAUGACUACUACAUGCUGAAUGAAGGCUAUCACAUGAUGAAUGAUGGCUACAACACGUUGAAUGAUGGCUACUACAUGCUGAAUGAUUAAGUAAGUUUAUUCAGCUAUACCGUACACAAAUACAGUUACAUAGAUUAUCAUACAUAGCAGCAUAUGUGUAGAGAACCUAGGAUAACCCAAAAAAGUCAGACAAAUGACUUAUUUUCGUUGGGGUCCUUUUAAUACCUUAUUAUUAUACUAUAAAGGAGAUAAUAUCUUAUUAUACUGUGAAGGAGAUAUACAAGGAAUAAGGUAAAAUGAGUUAUUUAUAUUUACAUAUGUGUUUGAGCUAAAAAAAAAUAAAAAAAUCAUUGUCCUCCCUUUCUGUCGCUACAUUCAUUAGGCACCUUUUGGCUCUCUUCUUGAACUAGUUUAUGCUAUGACUGGCUUUCACAUGUGCAGGCAGUCUGUUUCAUUCUUUUAUUGCUGUACAAUAAAAGGUGUUUGAAGCCUGGACACCGACUGUCAGUGCUAAAAUGUUGUGCUUUGGUUCCCAGCCUUGACAAAAUUGGCAGCAAGAUAUUCUAGACACUGUUUGUGAGCAAUUUUAUAACCUUGAUUUAACUUCAAUAUUCAAAAAUAUUCAGCAUAUCAAAUUGUUGUAAUUCAUCCUGGCCUAUAUGCUCUCUUGGACCCAGGUCCAGGACGAAUCUUACUAUUUUGUUCUGGGUGAUGUACAGUCUAUCUUUCAGUUUUUUUUUAUCAAGGCAGAGUACCAUGAAGAACAAGCGUAGUCCAUAUGACAUUGUAUAAGGGCUAGACAUAGGGUCCUGUGAGCUUCAGUAGGUAGACCAGCAGUGGGCAAACUAUGGCGCCUGGGCCACAUGCAGACCACCAAAGGUUUUCAUGCGGCCCACCAAGAUCAAGUCAUAUACUGUGCAGUGGAACCGUGGAUUUCGCAUGCACCGGAUAUCGGACUUUUCGAAUUUCAUACACUUUAUUGUGUGAAAUUUUGCUUCAAAUUUUGGAUCUUGUCUUUGGAAUCACACGUAUCAAACAUGUCCACCCACCAGGACGCUGCUUCAGUCUGGCUCUGUCACUGGUUGAGUGAGAAUUCAUCCGAAACAUUUUGUAAUUUUUGUGCUUGUUUAUUGAUUGUGACUAUGAAAUAAGCCAUCAAGGGCCCAAAGAAAGUUCCUAGUACCAGCCCUUUGGUAAAGGGCUGAGAGAGAGGGGAGAAUGUGCCUUCUUCAGUGAUUCUACAAUAUGUACAAUACUAAAGCAGCAGGAGUCAAUAAAGGCUAUAGCGCCAGCCAGUGAUAAAGUGUAGCGUUAACAGUGUAGCAAGUAAGUUAAGCAAUUAAGCGAUAGAAAAAGGAUGACACGAAAAUAAAUCUUCCAGUUUUGUUGGAGGUAUAUAGGGAGACUGACAACAUACGCUGCCCUGUGUAUCUUCCACCACCCUAAACCUCUGCCAGCAUCUCAAUAACCACUUUAUUUCUUUACAUUCCCCACAAUAACCACUUUAUUUCUUUACAUUCUCUAUUACGUUUUUAUACAAUAUUUCGUAUUUAUAAAUUACGUACAUUGUUUCAGUGUGACUAGUAGUGUGUGUAGUGGUGGUGGCCAUGCACCAUUAUAUGGCUUAUGCUGUCAGUGGCCCUCAUAAACCCAACAACAACACCACUACUAGUCAUAUAUGUAAUGACAUCUUUUAUUCAUUCUAGAGUAUAUAUCAUGUUUCUAUGUUAUUAAUAUUGUUUAUUAUGUCAUAUUAGAUGAAUUGUGAUAGAUAAAUAAGCCGUAGAGUUGAUAAUAGCAUCAUAUUUAAGUAUUUUGUCCUGUCUCCAAACAAUAAACUCUCCUCCUUCCAUAUGCCAACAAGAGUCUUCAGUAAAGGUAAAAGUAAUGUUAAAUGCUCAUGUAUCCAUUUCAUUUUACUUCCUGGUAAAAGUAGGUCUUAGACAGGGAUGUGUAAUGUCACCAUGGUUGUUUAAUAUAUUUAUAGAUAGGGUUGUAAAAGAAGUAAAUGCUAGGGUGUUCGGGAGAGGGGUAGGAUUAAAUUAUGGGGAAUCAAAUACAAAAUGGGAAUUGACACAAUAGCUUUUUGCUGAUGAUACUGUGUUUAUGGGAGAUUCUGAAGAAAAAUGGCAAAGGUUAGUGGAUGAGUUUGGGAGUGUGUGUAAAAGUAGAAAGUUGAAAGUGAACAUAGAAAAAGAGUAAGGUGUUGAGGGGUAUCAAAUGAUUUAGAUAAAGAAAAAUUGGAUAUCAAGUUGGGGAGGAGGAGUAUGGAAGAAGUGAAUGCUUUCAGAUGCAGUGGACCCCCGGCAUACGAUGGCAUUGGUAUACGUUAAAUCUGGCAUACGAUACAUUUUAACGCAAAAAUUUUGCCUCGCCACACGUUAAAAAACCCGCCACACGCGAUUCGUCCGGGAUGCGUCCCACGUGUGUCCUCAGCUGCCCCGUGUGUGCCAGUGUUUACAAGCCAGCCAGUGCGGUCGCAUCCACACAUACAAUCGGUACAUUUCAUAUUAUCACAGCGUUUUUAGUGAUUGUACCUGCAAAAUAAGGGAGAAAAAGUUAGCAUAUGAGAAGUUUUUACAAAGUAGAAGUGAUGCAAGGAGGGAAGAGUAUAUGGAGAAAAAGAGAGAGGUUAAGAGAGUGGUGAAGCAAUGUGAAAAGAGAGCAAAUGAGAGAGUGGGUGAGAUGUUAUCAACAAAUUUUGUUGAAAAUAAGAAAAAGUUUUCGAGUGAGAUUAACAAGUUAAGGAAGCCUAGAGAACAAAUGGAUUUGUCAGUUAAAAAUAGGAGAGGAGAGUUAUUAAAUGGAGAGUUAGAGGUAUUGGGAAGAUGGAGGGAAUAUUUUGAGGAAUUGUUAAAUGUUGAUGAAGAUAGGGAAGCUGUGAUUUCGUGUAUAGGGCAAGGAGGGACAACAUCUUGUAGGAGUGAGGAAGAGCCAGUUGUGAGUGUGGGGGAAGUUCGUGAGGCAGUAGGUAAAAUGAAAGGGGGUAAGGCAGCCGGGAUUGAUGGGAUAAAGAUAGAAAUGUUAAAAGCAGGUGGGGAUAUAGUUUUGGAGUGGUUGGUGCAAUUAUUUAAUAAAUGUAUGGAAGAAGGUAAGGUACCUAGGGAUUGGCAGAGAGCAUGCAUAGUUCCUUUGUAUAAAGGCAAAGGGGACAAAAGAGAGUGCAAAAAUUAUAGGGGGAUAAGUCUGUUGAGUGUACCUGGUAAAGUGUAUGGUAGAGUUAUUAUUGAAAGAAUUAAGAGUAAGACGGAGAAUAGGAUAGCAGAUGAACAAGGAGGCUUUAGGAAAGGUAGGGAGUGUGUAGACCAGGUGUUUACAGUGAAACAUAUAAGUGAACAUUAUUUAGAUAAGGCUAAAGAGGUCUUUGUGGCAUUUAUGGAUUUGGAAAAGGCGUAUGACAGGGUGGAUAGGGGGGCAGUGUGGCAGAUGUUGCAGGUGUAUGGUGUAGGAGGUAGGUUACUGAAAGCAGUGAAGAGUUUUUACGAGGAUAGUGAGGCUCAAGUUAGAAUAUGUAGGAAAGAGGGAAAUUAUUUCCCAGUAAAAGUAGGCCUUAGACAAGGAUGUGUGAUGUCACUGUGGUUGUUUAAUAUAUUUAUAGAUGGGGUUGUAAGAGAAGUAAAUGCGAGGGUCUUGUCAAGAGGCGUGGAGUUAAAAGAUAAUCACACAUAAAGUGGGAGUUGUCACAGUUGCUCUUUGCUGAUGACACCGUACUCUUGGGAGAUUCUGAAGAGAAGUUGCAGAGAUUGGUGGAUGAAUUUGGUAGGGUGUGCAAAAGAAGAAAAUUAAAAGUGAAUACAGGAAAGAGUAAGGUUAUGAGGAUAACAAAAAGAUUAGGUGAUGAAAGAUUGGAUAUCAGAUUGGAGGGAGAGAGUAUGGAGGAGGUGAAUGUAUUCAGAUAUUUGGGAGUGGACGUGUCAGCGGAUGGGUCUAUGAAAGAUGAGGUGAAUCAUAGAAUUGAUGAGGGGAAAAGGGUGAGUGGUGCACUUAGGAGUCUGUGGAGACAAAGAACUUUGUCCUUGGAGGCAAAGAGGGGAAUGUAUGAGAGUAUAGUUUUACCAACGCUCUUAUAUGGGUGUGAAGCAUGGGUGAUGAAUGUUGCAGCGAGGAGAAGGCUGGAGGCAGUGGAGAUGUCAUGUCUGAGGGCAAUGUGUGGUGUGAAUAUAAUGCAGAGAAUUCGUUGUUUGGAAGUUAGGAGGAGGUGCGGGAUUACCGAAACUGUUGUCCAGAGGGCUGAGGAAGGGUUGUUGAGGUGGUUCGGACAUGUAGAGAGAAUGGAGCGAAACAGAGUGACUUCAAGAGUGUAUCAGUCUGUAGUGGAAGGAAGGCGGGGUAGGGGUCGGCCUAGGAAAGGUUGGAGGGAGGGGGUAAAGGAGGUUUUGUGUGCUAGGGGCUUGGACUUCCAGCAGGCAUGCGUGAGCGUGUUUGAUAGGAGUGAAUGGAGACAAACGGUUUUUAAUACUUGACGUGCUGUUGGAAUGUGAGCAAAGUAACAUUUAUGAAGGGGUUCAGGGAAACCGGCAGGCUGGACUUGAGUCCUGGAGAUGGGAAGUACAGUGCCUGCACUCUGAAGGAGGGGUGUUAAUGUUGCAGUUUAAAAACUGUAGUGUAAAGCACCCUUCUGGCAAGACAGUGAUGGAGUGAAUGAUGCUGAAAGUUUUUCUUUUUCGGGCCACCCUGCCUUGGUGGGAAUCAUCCAGUGUGAUAAUAAAAAACUAAAAUAAAACCUGCAAAAUAAGUCACCAUGGGCCCCAAGAAAGCUUCUAGUGCCAACCGUGCAGUAAAAAAGGUGAAAAUUACUAUGGAAAUGAAGAAAGAGAUAAUUGCUAAGUACAAAAGUGGAGUGCAUGUCUCGGAGCUGGCCAGGUUGUAUACCAAACCCCAAUCAACCAUCGCUACUAUUGUGGCCAACAAAACGGCAAUCAAGGAAGCUGUUCUUGCAAAAGGUGCAAGUUUGUUUUCGAAACAUCGCAAGUCCUCGAAGAUGUUGAGAGACUGUUAUUGGUGUGGAUAAACGAAAAACAGAUAGCAGGAGAUACCAUAUCUUAGGCGAUCAUAUGUAAAAAUGGUGGGAAAUACAUACUAUCGUACCACGGUCAGCUGUUGCUGCACCACCAUCAGUUGUUGCUGCACCACAGUCAGCUGCUGCUGUACCACUGUCAGCUGUUGCUGUACCACCAUCAGCUGUUGCUGCACCACAGUCAGCUGUUGCUGCACCAUGGUCAGCUGUUGCUGAACCACGGUGAGUUGCUGUUGCACCACAGUCAGCUGCUGCUGCUGCACCACAGUCAGCUGCUGCUACACCACCGUCAUCUGUUGCUGCACCACAGUCAGCUGCUGCUGCACCAAAAUCAGCUGUUGCUGCACCAUGGUUAGCUGGUCCUAGUGGCAUUAAAAGAAGAAAGGAAGUAACCCUGGAAAAGGACGUGCUACAUAAAGUCCUAAUGGAAGGGGAUUCCCCCUCUAAACAUUAACAGCUUCCACACACUCCCCUCCUCCCAUCCCAUCAAUCAUCACCAGAUCUUCAAUAAAGAUAAGUGUCAGUUUGUGUAUAUUAAAAUUAAUAUUUCAUGUGGUAAAAUUUUUUUUUUCAUACUUUGUGGUGUCUUGCACGGAUUGAUUUGAUUUCCAUUAUUUCUUAUGGGGAAAAUUAAUUUGCCUUAUGAUAAUUUCGGCAUACGGUGAGCUCUCAGGAACGGAUUAAUAUCGUAUGCCGGGGGUCCACUGUACUUGGGAGUUGACGUGUCGGCGGAUGGAUUUAUGAAAGAUGAGGUUAAUCAUAGAAUUGAUGAGGGAAAAAAGGUGAGUGGUGCGUUGAGGUAUAUGUGGAGACAAAAAACGUUAUCUAUGCAGGCAAAGAAGGAAAUGUAUGAAAGUAUAGUAGUACUAACACUCUUAUAUGGGUGUGAAGCUUGGGUUGUGAAUGCAAGCAGCGAGGAGGCGGUUGGAUGCAGUGGAGAUGUCCUGUCUAAGGGCAAUGUGUGGUGUAAAUAUUAUGCAGAAAAUUCGGAGUGUGGAAAUUAGGAGAAGGUGUGGAGUUAAUAAAAGUAUUAGUCAGAGGGCUGAAGAGGGGUUGUUGAGGUGGUUUGGUCAUUCAGAGAGAAUGGAUCAAAGUAGAAUGACAUGGAGAGCAUUUAAAUCUGUAUGGGAAAGAAAGCCGGGUAGGGGUCGUCCUCAAAAAGGUUGGAAGGAAGGGGUAAGGGAGGUUUUGUGGGCGAGGGGCUUGGACUUCCAGCAGGCGUGCAUGAGUGUGUUCGAUAGGAGUGAAUGGAGUCGAAUGGUAUUUGGGACUUGGCAAGCUGUUGGAGUGUGAGCAGGGUAAUAUUCAGUGAAGGGAUUCAGGGAAACCGGUUAUUUUUAUGUAGCCGGACUUGAGUCCUGGAAGUGGGAAGUACAGUGUCUGCACUCUAAAGGAGGUGUUCGGGAUAUUAGCAGUUUGGAGGGAUAUGUUGUGUAUCUUUAUAUGUAUAUACUUCUAAACUGUUGUGUUCUGAGCACCUCUGCAAUAACAGUGAUUAUGUGUGAGUGAGGUGAAAGUGUUGAAUAAUGAUGAAAGUAUUUUCUUUUUGGGGAUUUUCUUUCUUUUUGGGUCACCUUGCCUUGGUGGGAGACGGCCGACUUGUUUAAAAAAAAAAAAUUAUUGCUCAUUGUUUUCUGUAUGUAAAACUAUAGUUAUUCUUUAAAAAAUGUAUUUUUUGUUAAUAUUUUUGGGUGUCUGAAACGUAUUAAUUUUUUUUUUAAUAAGUCUGCCGUCUCCCACCGAGGCAGGGUGACCCAAAAAAGAAAGAAAAUCCCCAAAAAGAAAAUACUUUCAUCAUCAUUCAACACUUUCACUUCGCUCAUACAUAAUCACUGUUUUUGCAGAGGUGCUCAGAAUACAACAGUUCAGAAGCAUAUACUUAUAAAGAUACGCAACACAUCCCUACAAACUGCCAGUAUCCCAAACCCCUCCUUUAAAGUGCAGGCAUUGUAUGUACUUCCCAUUUCCAGGACUCAAGUCCGGCUAUAUAAAAAUAACCGGUUUCCCUGAAUCCCUUCACUAAAUAUUACCCUGCUCACACUCCAACAGCUCGCCAGGUCCCAAAUACCAUUCGUCUCCAUUCACUCCUAACACGCUCACCCAUGCUUGCUGGAAGUCCAAGCCCCUAUCCCACAAAACCUCCUUUACUCCCUCCCUCCAACCUUUUCGAGGAUGACCCCUACCCCGCCUUGCUUCCCCUACAGAUUUAUACUCUCUCCAUGUCAUUCUACUUUGAUUCAUUCUCUCUAAAUGACCAAGCCACCUCAGCAACCCCUCUUCAGCCCUCUGACUAAUACUUUUAUUAACUCGACACCUUCUCCCAAUUUCCACACUCCAAAUUUUCUGCAUAAUAUUUACACCACACAUUGCCCUUAGACAGGACAUCUCCACUGCCUCCAACCGCCUCCUUGCUGCAGCAUUUACAACCCAAGCUUCACACCCAUAUAAGAGUGUUGGUACUACUGUACUUUCAUACAUUCCCUUCUUUGCCUCCAUAGAUAACGUUAUUUGUCUCCACAUGUACCUCAACGCACCACUCGCCUUUUUUCCUUCAUCAAUUCUAUGAUUAACCUUAUCCUUCAUAAAUCCAUCUGCUGACACGUCAACUCCCAAAUAUCUGAAAACAUUCACUUCUUAUGGGAAAUAUUACUUCGGUUUUCGCACGUUUCGGAUUUAGAAUGACCUUCUGGAACAGUUUAAGUACGAAAAUCGGGGUUCCACUGUACUUGAUUAAAAAAUUAAUUUCUUUUUUUCUUUUAAAACCUUUUAUUUUGCCUAUUUUAAAUAUUAAUUAUUUACUUAAUAUACUAUGCAGCCCUUUAAAAUUGUGAAUUUCUGAAUGUGGCCCCUGCAGUGAAAAGUUUGCCCACCCCUGCGGUAGACACUGUGCUUGUCUGUAGAGGAACUUCAGUCUGGCAUUCGCUUUCUAUACUACCCUGUUCCCUAUCAAUUUUCCUGACAUGCAUGGGUCAAAGGGGAUUCUCAGAUAUUUUACUGAGGAAACUGAAGUGAUGAGUUCCCCAUUACACCGGAUAUUAAAAUUAUUUACCCUUCUCAGUUUAUGUUUCAUGCCAAAGAGUAUGGUUUCCAUUUUUCCGAGGCAUAAUGAUACUAGUUUGUUGUAGGACUUCAGUUCCAGCAUUAUUACAUUAGCUGACACUAACAGAGCACUGUCAUCCACAUACAGUAGGAGUUUGCACUUGACACUGAUGGGCAUGUCGUUUACAUAACAUAGAAAUAAUAAAGGACCCAGAAUGCUAGGGACCUCCACAUGCUAUCAGCAGGGGUUCUGAUUCUGUUUUGUUGAUUUUGACAAUUUGUUUCCUGUUGCUAAGAUAGGACUUAAACCAGUCUGUGGAACCUAUGCCGAUAGCUUGAAGUUUCUUACGUAAUAUAUUGUGGUUGAGAGUAUCAAAGACCUUUUGCAAGUGUAAGGUUACCAUUCCUAUGAGGUUCCCUAUUGACAUUUCAGGGAGGUGUCAGUUGAGUAAGAUCUACUAAAGCCUGAUUGGUAACUAUGAAGAAUGUUGUUGUCAUUAAGGUACUUAACUAUGUACUUGACAGUAUACUGCCCUCUCUAGAAUUUUGGAUAUUACACUUAAGUAUACUAACAGGCCUAUAUGUAGUUGCUGACAUCAGACCUACUAUUUUUCUUGAAGACAGGAGUAACUCUGGCUUCCUUGAACCCUUCUGGUACAGUAUUAGUGAUGGACAAAUUUAUUAUGUGAUUAACAGGGACUGUCGUUCAGAGGCACCAUCUUUUAGGAGCUUAGACGGGAUGUUAUCUGGGCCAGUGCUCUUAGUUGCAUUUAACCUGCUUAGUUCUUUCUGCACAAAGUCGUGAGAUACACUUACUAGUUGACAACUGUUUGGGAUUACCCAUUUAUUGGUAUAGUAUGUUUCAAACUUAUCAGAAUCUGUGUUAAAGGUAUUUGAUGCAGCCUGUAGUUUACUUACUAAUGUUGAUGAGACAGUUGUGUAAUAUGAAUUAAAACAAUUUGCCACUUUGGUUGUUUUGUGGCAUACCUUAUUAUCGAUAUUUAGUACUACGUUAGAUCUAUCUAUGGGUUUAUGGCUAUAUCCCAACUAUUUUAGUUGUUGCCAGAGCUUUCUGGGGUUAUUUGUGUACUCUUCAAUUUUUGAGCAACACUGCCUUGCCUUUGCUUCCUUUACAAGCCUCUGCACUGUUCCUCACCCUUUGGAAUUCAUUUAGUACUGCAAUAUCCUGUCUAUUUGCAUUUAAAUCUUUUUAGCAACUGGUCUCUGAAUUUCAUAUCUAAUAUCUCAGUAGUCAUCCAGGGUUCAGGUCUUCGUUUAAUCCUAACUUCUUUAACUGGUGCAAUAUUAUCAAGGAUGACAGUGAACAUCGUUUUGAAUUUUUCCUAGGUAUCAUAUACGUUAAUGCAACUUGUUACCACUGUCCAGUUCUGUAGUUUCUAGUUGACUUCAAUUUUAUUGUCUUGUGUAGGUCUAUCUGUUUCAUAGUGAUUUUCCUGGUGCAGUAAAUGAUGAAAUGAUCACUAAGACAUGUGGUAAUGACGCCUGACUGACUAAUGUUCUCAGAGCGGUUACAAAGUAUGCGGUCACUUAGGGUGGCUGAGAACCGUGUGAUCCGGGUUGGUGUAUUAAUUAGUUGAGUAACUAUUUAGACCUUGAAUUUGUUUAUAUCUUUUACAUAGCCUGUUAUUUUGCUGUUGAAAAUAGAUAUUGAAGUCUCCCAGUAUUACUGUCUCAUAAUUGCUCUCAAUUCCGGACAAGACUCUUCAAAAGUCUUCUAAGAACUGGUCAUGGGUGGGAGGGCAGUAACUAGUUCCUUCUAAGAUCGCUUCAGUUACCUAGUAUGCAAUAAUGUAUAUUAAAAUGUACUGCUCCAUAACCUAUGUUAAUAUAGAGUAAGAAUUAGGAUUAGUCUGCCUGAAAUGCCUAGUCAUGCUAGAGGCCUUCCUUGUGAUUAAUAUUUUAUAAUAUGUAAACCACACAUUGUAAGCUUCGCAAGGAAAUAAACAUUUUCAUUUUCAUUUCAAGAUAAACCAUACCACAGGCGGGAUUUGAACCCGCUGUCAGAGAGUCUGGAGUUUUGAGACUCUCCGACAGCGGGUUCAAAUCCCGCCCAUGGUAUGGUUUGUUUGCAAUCGUGUCAUUACGAUUUCGUGAGUCAUUUCAAGAUAAGUUUGGUCUUGGGAAGCAACACUUCAAACCAUAAAAUCUACAGUUUAUUGUCAUUUAAAUCAGGUCUUGGAUUGUAGGCCAAGUUAUUUCUUAUGUAGGCAUAUAUUCCACCACCUUUUCUAUUCCUGUCUAAGCGUUUUAUCUUGUAACCUUCUAUUUUGAUCUCGUCAUCAGUCACUGAAUCAUCCAACCAGGAUUCAUAGAGGGAUAUAACUGCCUCCCUAGUUCUGUUAGCUAGAAUCCUAAUCUUUGCCAAUUUUGGAAAAAGUGAUCUUGUGUUGACAUGAAUCAAGUGAAGGCCUGUUGUCAUAAAACAAUCAUAAUCAUCACUAUAUGGCAAGGGGUCAUUUGUAUUAAAAUUAGGUAAAUCAGUGUCAUCAUUGAUAAAGGGUAACUCUGCCAAAGUGCAUUUGUUAAAAACAAAAUGAAAUCUGGUAUCAUUACCAUAAUCGAACACAUCCAUUAUGCAGCCACCCCAUUUUACAUAAGGUAUAUUUACUGUUUUUUCUUACCUUAGUACAGUAUAUACAUAUGUCUGGUGGUGUCUGGGAUAAUAAGAAUGGUUCUAUUGUCUCACACUGACCUGUGUGCAUUACAACCAGUUCUUGUUGGAGUCCCAAAGGGGAGUGUCCUUGGCCCAGUUCUCUUUCUCAUUUUUAUUUUAUUUUUUUUUUAUUUAUUUUAUGUCUUUGCAAACAGUACAUUGAGAUUUUAUAUUUACAGUAGUGGGUUGCAGUGCAAAGAGAGCCUCUAUUAUGCCUAGGCAUUAUGGGCCAACUUAACAUUAUUGGCUUACAGACUACUUAACACUAAGUAUUAUAUCAUAGUUGUACAGUAGGAUAGUAAUUAUUUCAUAGUUGAACAGUAGAUUAUUAAUUAUAAGUGAAUUAAAUUUGUAUAAGGCAAAGGAUAUAUUCAUAUAGUCUAAAAUGCUUUUUGUGAAAACAAUGGUUCAGUUAUAUUCCUGUCAACAAUGGAUAAAAGGUUCAAAGUGAUUGUGACCUCCCAAAUGCAUCUAAACUCCUUAAACCCAUUUUAUUUGCAGAUAACACUACUUAUGUCUUCUCUUACCCAAACCCAACCAUACUAACAGACACUGUAAAUACUGAACUACUAAAAUAUCUACUUGGAUGACCACCAACGAACUUACCCUCCAUAUAGACCUAACCUAUUUUAUGCUGUUUGGAAACAGAGCUACAAAUGUACAGCUAACAUACUGAUAAAUAGUUCACCUAUUUCUAGACACAUAGAGGGCAAAUUUCUAGGUCUCCACCUCGACUGCAAUCUCAAAUUCCAAACUCACAUACAGCAAAUAUCCAAGAAAGUCUCCAAAACAGUAAGCAUCAUCUCAAAAACAUGGUACUAUGUACCCCGAUCAGCUCUUCUUGCACUAUACCACUCUCGUCUACCCUUACCUCACUCAUGGUAUUUGUGUAUGGGGCUCAACCACAGCAAAUCACCUUAAACCAUUAAUAACCCAACAAAAACUGCAGUGCAAUUGAUUACAAAAUCCUGUAAAUAGACAGCAUACUCCUCUGCAACAUCCACACUUAUUGUGCCUACUACAUACACAGAACUCUCCUCUCAAACUCCUACUUGAUAACUACAACAAAACACACAACCAUGAUACAAAACACAAAUCACUCUUUGAUAUCCCUCGUAUCCAUCUCUCCCUGUGCUAAAAUGCUAUGCACAUAAAGGGCCCAAAGGUCUGGAAUUCAUUACCAAAACACACUAAAGGACCCCUGCUUGUAAAUCAGUUUAAGGCCCAACUUAGAAAUCUCAUCACCCAAAAUUAACCAAACAAGCUAUACUUAAUACCUACCAGUUAUUCAAAAGCAACACAAAAAAGUACUAAUAAUGUCUCAAUUUCAACACUGAAUAUUAUGCUGAAGAUUGCUCAGCCAUGUACUCAUUACUUCAAAAUUAGUAUGUUCAAAUUUCAUUGUUUUGAAUACUAAAUUGUGUUACAUGUACGUGUAUAUUCAACACGCUGGCCGUGUUGUUUUUUCUAAAGUUUGUCACUCUUUAUUUCAUUGGAAGUACUAAUACCAUAGGGGUUAUACUCUGCUUUGGGGAAUAGGGGGCAAUCAGAUUCAAUCCAAGGAGAGUAACUCCAGUUCUUUAGAUGAAGAUCCCUUCAACAUCUUUAAAGCACCAUUGUGUAUAAAAAAAAAAAGAUUAACAUGGUCUUUUUGUUUGUAAGUAGGAGACUCCUCCAGGGAGGGUUCCUUUAUGCUGAUAAGGGGCUCUUGAUGUCAUACACGAUCUGCACUUCCUUUUUUUUUAUUAAUCUUGAUUUUCUCCCAUUCUGCCCUUAACUUCAAAAAUCCCUGGGAGUGUAUAGCCCCUACAUAUGUAGCACUUCCCCUAAAUAUAACAAUAAUAAGCCAGUGAACAGUUACAGAAAAAGUAUUAUUUGAUAGUUCUUUGUGUUGUUUGUGUGGCUUGUAUAACCUUGCUUUAGUUUAUCAUAUAUGGGUAUGUUUUAUUUCAAUCAACUUUUGUGUAUUCCUCAACGUGUAAAUUAUAAAUAAAAAUUAAGAACUUU